AGCACAGGAUGCCCAAGUGGAUACAUGGGUCCAAAAUGUGAGCAGCUGUGUCACUGCAAUGGUGGUGCGUGCGAUCAAAAUGGCGAAUGCAAUGUUGGUGUGAAAUGUAAGCCCGGAUGGUUUGGAUUGGCUUGUCAGUACCGUAAGUUUUGUCAAAUGUAUUUAUCAAAAAAAGAUUAUAUGACUUCACUGUUUAGCUUAAAUAUUGAGAAAAAAAAUGAUGCUUGCUUUAAAAGAAAAUUGUAAUACAUUUUAUUCAUUUUGCGUUUUAAAUAUCUUUUUUCUUCCUCAUUUAAAAUAUAUUAUUAGAAUGUAUUUUACUCAUAACAUGAUUGAAAUUUUAUAUGUGUUUAGGUGAUGCUGCUUUCCAUUCCCGUGUUCACAAUCCACUUCUAACUGAUGAUGACGACAGCACCUGCUUUGCUCAGCCCAACAGAUCUGUGACACUUUCACUAGAUCGUCCAAUAUUAUUCACGUGGGCCAGGCUU